GACAGCUCCCUGGGAUGGCUUAGUAUUCCAUAGGACCGAGGAAGUUUUCCGAAGGAAUCCCGCCACAAUUAUCGGCCGCGACGAAUAGAACUUUGAAGCAUCUAUUUUCUACUGGCUUUUUGGAACUGAUUUCUUGGAGUAGACGAGAUGCCUCAACUAAAUUUACCUUAGAAAGGAAGUCAGCACCGUCAACCAAAGAUCAACACUACAGCUUUCGUUAAACCAAAUCAGAACUUAUCACACAACGCUGCGAAUGAUGCGCCGCGGAUUCCGCCAUCUGAGUCUUUUCGAAGCUUGGGUCAGAGACAAAAGCGGAUCAGUCGAUCAAAUCAUGGUAUCCGUGUCAGUCGACGUAUCCCCGUCCCAGAUACACGAACGGCGAAGGCGACGAAGGGCGACGACUUGCGAUACUCCUUGAUGCACGUUUCUGAACAGCCUAUAGGGUUACGAAAGAGAAGUAGUACCGAUCAUAGAGAGAGACCCCACGGUGAAUAUGCCCAUUUACAUGCAGUGGAUGGGCCAUCGAUCCCGCCCGAAUGGGUUUCUGAAUCAGUAUCGCGACCCAAUAACCAAACCAACAACGAUAGAAUUACGGCAACUAUGGACGGUCGUCGCGGCCGGCGAAACUCUAAGAAGCGGUUUGGUGUAGCAGACCCUGCUGUUUGGGAGGCCAUUCACAGGACAAUGGCUCAGCAGAAUCGCCUGUCAUCAAUUGUGCCACAGGACUCAUCACCCGGUAGGCCAGGUGUUAUUCGUCGGCCAUCUGUACCUUCCCGAUCAAGCAGUCGUCGCAAGGCUUUGAAUCACUUCGCUAGAGAGCUGGAGAAGUACGCGCAAGUUGCCAAUGCUGCCGAGAAGCUACCUGUCAUAACCCCUAGAGAAUCAGAUGAGAAGACAUCUUUGCACACUGUCAAACCACUCGUGCCUUACACUCGAGAGUUCAAGGCUGCAGGGCUUGCUGUCACAUCUAAGCAGCAAAGGCAAUGGUCGCCAGAGACAAAUGAGCAGCGCCCAAUUCGUAAGUAUCCUAUAUCGGACCGCCCUUACGACCAGCAGCCUUAUGAGAGGAAUCUAGAUGGACAAUACGAUAGUUCCACAAAUGCAUCGAGCUCGAGUUCUGGGAGUUUCAUUGAGUUCAGUCCACCACCCGUAUCUGCUGUCUCAAUGGAACCACCCGCCAAGAAAGCGUCGCCUCCGCCUUUACCGACAAAAAGAAUAAUCCCAAAUGUUCGAAGGCGGCUCCCUUAGUUGAGGAGAAAGCAACACACGACUGAGGAACCAACAAAGCCAAGGUCACGAAUCGGAACUAUGGUCGAAACACGAAAAGGAGAGUGGAAACUCGCAGAUAAGGUGACUCGUGCUUCUCAUAAAACCUACGAGGCAACUGC